AUGCGGUAUGAAUUUAAAUGGCAUGUGGACCUUGUGUGGCAGAGUGGAGAUGAAUGCAAUUACUUCUGUUGGUUUGAUGAAGAGGAAGGUACAAAAUGGCAAACAAGAGCUUUGAUUGAAGCCCGUGAUGAGAUCCGGGAGAAGGAUAGAGUCAUUGAGAAGUUAAAAAAAACAAUUUCAAGAAUGAGAGAUGAAGAUGAAGAUGAAAUUGUUAGGAGGUUUGAAGAUUUCUAUGUUUAA